UCUGGUGGUUCAGACGAGCGACAGCGGCCAGCGGGGCCAGCUGAGCCACAGAGACACACGGACAGAAGAACCACUGAGGGAGACGCUGAAGGAUGUAAGAGAUGAUAAACGAGGUGUCUCAGACUGCAUUUCUGGAUUGACAUUUACCAAGAUAGGAAAUACUCGAAUAGAUGCAGGUUUCCUGGGCUGGGGUGCUGGUUAGUGUGGUAUGGGCGUUCUGAACUUGUGACAUUUGUAAAACAUCCAAGUGACAUUGAGCUGACAAUUGGAUACACCUGUCUGGAGCUCAGGAGACGUCUGACAAUCUUGGGCUUCGAGGUGGUUACGAAACCACAGGAGUCGGCAGCAGAGGAGGAGGCAAGAGUUGAUCCCCAGGCUGGGAGGAAAGAAGCUAGAGUGGGAGGAGGAAGGCCAGGAACGUAAUGUCAUGGAAGCCAGCUAAUGCUGCUGAAGUAAACGCAGAAUGUGAUAAAUGCCAAGAUACAAGUCCAAGAUCAAACAGCAUCUGCCCCAGAGCAGGGGAGAUGAGCUUUUCUUGGAGAUGGGGAGUAGGGUUCUCAGAGGUUUCUCAGAAGAUAGGUUCUUGAGUUGGUGCGGUGCCGGUGCCGGGCAGGUGCACGUACGCGGACCCCUCUCUCCUGCAGGCCGGGACGCGUCCAGGGCGUUCGUGACGGGGGACCGCUCUGCAGCAGGCCUGGUGGACCAUGUAUCCGACUUGUCGUCUUCAGAGAUGCUGACACUUCAAAGCUGGCUCUCGUUCUAUGAGAAGAACUACAAGUUCGUUGGAAGGGUGAUAGGAAGGUUCUACGGAGAGGACGGCCUCCCGACCCCGGAGCUGACCCAGGCGGAGGCCAUGAUCCGCCGGGGCGCGGAGGCCGGCAGGGGGGCUCGGGAGGAGAAGCGCACGUUCCCGCCCUGCAACGCGGAGUGGAGCUCCAGCAGGGGCCGCCGGCUCUGGUGCUCCCCGGAGAGUGGAGGCGUGAGCAGAGACUGGACCGGUGUCCCCAGGAAGCUGUAUAAACCAGGUGCCAAGGAGCCCCGGUGUGUGUGCGUGAGAACCACCGGACCCCCCAGCAACCAGGCUCGGGGCCUCCCCGCACACACAAACCGCGGGGACUUGGAUCACCCCCACCUGGAGGAGUACGCGGGCUGCCCCCCGCUGGCCGUCACCUGCUCCUUCCCACUGCCGUAACCAGAGACCGCCCUGCGGACGCGAAGCGGGAGCGCCGCCCACCCUCUCCCGGGCAGCCAGCCCUCCCCCAGACCUGCCUGCCCCUCCGUCAGAGCCCUCAGAGGUCAGCCAACCUCCAAACUAACGGGACUGCCGGGCUCUGGGCUCCGGCAGCCAGCACUGGCAGUCUCGUCCAGAGAAGCCUCGUCAGUUAACACGUCAGCCUGUCUCAGGUUGCUCGCUGGCCAAGCUUGUGACCCCCGACUCUUACCACUUUGCGUGUGUCCGAGACCCUGCCCGGAGCCACAGCCGCCAGUAGUUGGUCUGCGCAGAGCCAGUGCCAUGCGAGAUGAUGAUAAGACCAAGGAGGCUGGUUCUGGAAGGGGAUGGGCGUUUCCUCAUUCAGAGACAGUAAAUCCAGAGGCUUCUGAAAAAAACAACUUGAAGCGAGGAUGUUCCCUGUCCUUUAAACACUUGGGCCUGGAGACGUCUGCAUCUGCAUAAAGGCAGAUUCCCGUCCCUGACGCCUUUCCGCCCGCAACCCCUGCUGCGCCGACCCGACGAGCUUCGCAUCCAGGUCCAUCGGGUGCGGGAGGCGGUUCCUGCAUUCAGGCCAGGCCACGGAGCCUGGUGCCGUCCCAGGUUCGCGUCUCUCCUCCCGGUCCCCCAGCUCUUCCCUAGACAUUCACUACCCUUCAUCGUGAGCUCAGUGGCUUUCCAGACCCGCCCUCCCCCGGCAGUAGUGGGCACCCCCGCCUGCCCCCAGUCCUGAAGGAAAGCCCGCUCUGCAGCACCGAGCUACUUCCCGCCGCAGCUCAGAAAGCUGCCCCUGCCGCUCAGCUCCGCUCGCCCCGCGUCAGGCACCAGCUCCUGCCCUUCUCUGCCCGACAGCAGGGCAAAUUCUGCACUGGCAGACUGUCGGGCCACCAAGUUUUCUGUCUGCCUCAGGCAAGGAUUCUCACUCUCCGGAGAGUGAGCCAGCAAACAAGAUUUGCAUCUG